AUGUCGCCUCCUACUGCUACCGACAACGUUCCUGCCUCCCAGCCAGGCGCCAAGGAGGUCCAGAAGGGCGCUCCCAAAUUCAAGCUCCCCAAGCCGGUCACCUACGACACCCCUGAGGAGGAGCAACGCGGCCGCAAGGAGCGUCUCGCACAAGCAUUCCGCGUCUUCGGUAUGCUCGGCUUCGAUGAGGGUGUGGCUGGUCACUUGACCUUCCGUGACCCUAUCAGGAAGGAUCACUUCUGGGUCAACCCCUUUGGUGUUCCCUUCCGCCACAUGACCGUCUCCGACCUCUUGCUCAUCGGCCCCGACGGCAGCAUUGUUGAGGGCGGUCGCCCUGAAAGGAUGAUCUACAACCAGGCUGCCUUUGCCAUUCAUCACGCCAUUCACACUGCUCGACCUGACCUCGACGCUGCUUGCCACUCUCAUUCGAUGUACGGCAAGGCCUUCUCCACUCUUGGAAGGAACAUCGAAAUCACUACCCAGGACAGCUGCGCCUUCUACGGCCAAUGUGCUCUCUAUGAGAACUUCGGCGGUGUCGUUCUCGCCGACGAAGAGGGUAACAAUAUAGCUAACGCCCUUGGUGAUACAAACCGUGCCCUCAUCCUCCAGAACCACGGUAUCCUUACUGCUGGUACAUCCAUCGAGGCUGCUGUCGGCUACUUCAUCAUGCUUGAGAAGCACUGCCAGGUCAUGCUCCUCUCUGAGCCCGCUGCCGCCGCUCGUGGCACCAAGCCCAUCGUCAUCGGUCACGAGGAGGCCGAGUUCACUCGCAGGCAAGUCGGAAGCGACCAGGCUCUUGCCUUCCAGGCCUCAGUCUACUUUGACACCAUCGCCCGCCUUGACAAGGGUGCUUGGAAGGAGUGA